CGAAAAGAUUCAGAUUCAGUUCUUGAUCAGUCGUCGGAUAGUUGAUUUCAUGUGAGGUGGAGCAGCGAAUUACCUGUGAAUCAAGUUUGCCGUCCGUCGAUUGCGGGCAAGAAAGCCACAUCAGGCAAUUCAACGGCGUCGUUAAAAUAGUGUAAAAGUAAAGUGUCCGAGUGUGUCUAAAAUAUUUCCCACCCGAAAACCAAGCAGAAAGGGAAAAAAAAUCAACAGUAUCAAUGUAGCCACUGUGUUAUUCGUUGUUUUAACAAUCCAUGCAUCGCAAGUAAAGUGUAGUGAUUAGGAGGAAAAGAAUUUGGUUGCGGCCAGUGUGUGUGUGAGUGUGUGUAUGUUUUUAUUUGUUUGUUCUAAAAGAUAGAAAAAACACCCUACAACCGAAGCCAGAAAGUGUUCCCGAUUGUUGGUCGCGCGAGAAAAGUGCAGCCAGUAUGGGCAACUGUUUCAGCAGUACGGCCAAGGCCGACCCGAAGGACCCGAUCGGACCGGGCCCGAUCGAUAGCGAGCCGGUGCUGGCCGGCAAUCCGGUGGCCACGCCACCGCAGGAGCAGCCAAACCGCCAACCGAUUCCGGCCCUGCCGGAUCCGGGCAACGACGCAAUCAGCACUGCCAAAAUAUUCGUUGCCCUGUACGACUACGAUGCGCGCACGGACGAGGAUCUUAGCUUCCGCAAGGGCGAACAUUUGGAGAUUCUGAACGAUACUCAGGGAGACUGGUGGCUGGCGCGGAGUAAAAAGACCAGACAGGAAGGCUACAUUCCGUCAAAUUACGUUGCCAAAUUGAAAUCCAUCGAAGCUGAACCAUGGUACUUCCGCAAGAUAAAGAGAAUAGAGGCAGAAAAGAAGCUGCUGCUGCCGGAGAAUGAACACGGUGCAUUCUUGAUCCGUGACUCGGAAAGCCGUCACAAUGAUUAUUCACUAUCCGUGCGUGAUGGCGAUACGGUCAAACACUAUCGCAUCCGGCAGCUCGACGAGGGCGGCUUCUUCAUCGCCCGACGGACCACAUUCCGCACGCUGCAGGAGCUGGUCGAGCACUACUCGAAGGAUUCCGAUGGUUUGUGCGUCAAUCUGUGCAAACCGUGCGUACAGAUCGAGAAACCCGUCACGGAUGGUCUAUCUCAUCGCACACGCGAUCAGUGGGAAAUCGACAGGACGUCGCUCAAGUUCGUGCGCAAGCUCGGCUCCGGACAGUUCGGUGAUGUCUGGGAGGGACUCUGGAACAACACCACACCGGUGGCCAUCAAGACACUCAAAUCGGGAACGAUGGACCCGAAAGAUUUCCUUGCCGAGGCACAGAUCAUGAAGAAGCUGCGACACACCAAACUCAUCCAGCUGUACGCGGUCUGCACGCUGGAGGAACCGAUCUACAUCAUCACAGAGCUCAUGAAGCACGGGUCACUGCUAGACUAUCUGCAGGGUAAGGGUAGAUCACUGAAAUUCCCACAGCUCAUCGAAAUGGCGGCCCAGAUUGCUGCCGGUAUGGCGUACCUCGAGUCUCAGAACUACAUCCAUCGUGACUUGGCCGCACGCAACGUGCUGGUCGGUGAUAACAAUAUCGUAAAGAUUGCCGAUUUCGGAUUAGCUAGAUUAAUCAAAGAAGAUGAAUACGAGGCACGCGUCGGGGCACGGUUCCCGAUCAAGUGGACCGCCCCGGAAGCGGCCAACUACAGCAAGUUUUCGAUCAAAUCGGAUGUGUGGAGCUUCGGCAUUCUGCUGACAGAGCUGGUCACAUACGGCAGAAUACCGUAUCCGGGUAUGACCAACGCCGAAGUGCUGACCCAGGUCGAGCAUGGCUACCGUAUGCCACAGCCACAGAACUGCAACACUCCACUGUACGAGAUCAUGCUCGAGUGCUGGAACAAGGAUCCGAUGCGGCGGCCCACAUUCGAGACGCUCCAGUGGAAGCUGGAAGACUUCUUCACCAUGGACCCAAGUGAAUACAAGGAGGCUGCUCCUUUCUGAUAAACGCCUCGUCCCCAAUACCCCCAACCACCAGCAACGGCGCCAAGAAGCAGUAGCAGAGGCAGCAUCUCAUCUGGAAGCAAACAGUUUUUGGGCGAGAAGCGCGUGAAAUCCGUAACAUAAACAGACCACUACCACCACCACCACCAUCUUUCAGCCUUCCAUAAAACGUAUUUUCUUUUCGCGCUGUCGGGAAGCUAUUACCUUCGGUGAGCGCGCUUCUUUUCACGGUUGCACAGAACAGCAAUGGGAUGCGGACUCUCUCUCCGCGACCGUGCCCGUCAAUCGUCGUCCGCGUGCGUUCCCAUGAUUGGCUAUUUAUUUAGGUUUCUACGAUGCAUUCACUACACAUUCAGUCACAUUAGCUCUCAUACUGCGUAUUACAUAGGGUUAUAAUAGUAAUGGCACAACGCGGGCAGAGGUAGGCAGGCAGGGCUACUAGAGACCGAAGGCCGCCAACACGGGGAGAAUUAUGUUAGGAAACGUAAGCACAGCCGCGCAUAAUCGCAACGAAAUUCGAUUAGGAUUGGAGGUGUGGAAGUGUUGUGAAUUUCCCAUUUCCCACAGGCCGAUCAAUGCGAGAUCAAUCAAAAACGAAAAAAUCUGACGAAAGGCUAUUCCGCCCUCCCCCGGGGCGUUCGUCGAGUGCAGAGGGAGGGAGGCGCGAUAUGUGUUAUUAGUUGAAUUUUGUUCGUUUUUUUCCAUUUGAAGUCCAAAUGUAAUUUUUUUGAAAGUUUUACUCAUCUCAUCUGGCAAACGAUGCUUUAGGGCCACGCGAAGGCAACGAAGUGAGUGUUUUUAUUCCAGAAACGGGAAGAAAAGAGGCUGGAAUACAUGUUUCAAUAUUGUCAUCUGCCAGAUGGUGACGUUUCGCCUCGUUUCUUUUUAUUGCAAACCGGAAUUCACUUCAGCCGAGUACUAUCCUGACACACAUAUUCGCUGCUACUGAAUCUUCCCGGUAGAAUGCAACAGCUUUUCGCUUUCGAUUUCGCUUCACAGAUGAUAUAGCUAGUGGUUUUUGUUCUUUCCGUUAGUAAACGCAGCCCGCUCUAUUAAUUUUUUGUUUUCCGUUUCAUUAGUUUAUUAUACGAGAUGUUCCGUGCC